GGCCACUGCGGGCGGUGCGCGCGAGGCAGCCAAGCCUUGCCUUCGGAAGAGAUGCCCAGGGAUCUUAGCAAGCAGCCUGCGGAUACCAGGGAUCGGACCCGGCCAGUUUCCCGACCGAAUCUGAGGGAUCCUGAGCCUCGGCCUCGAGGGGGCGCUAUCCGGCCUACUCGAGGACCAGGCAGCUGCAGAGAAGUCCCAAGGUCAAGGCCUGGGCAACGCCAGGGCUUGGAGAGUCGGAAUCUAGCCCAAGUCCUGGGGAGGCUGAGGCGGGGAACUAGAUCUCCGAGGACAAAGAUGGGCGGGCCAGUGGGAUCCACCGACGCUGCCCGGAGCUGUUCCAACGAGAGCCGGGUCUGUGGCGUGAACAAACUUUCCUUCAGCGCAGGGGCAGAGGAGCCGGGCUGGAGGCUUCUCCCCCGGGCCUCUGCUCUCCUCCACCUGCCAGCGCUCAGCCUCCGCCCAGCCUUCGCCCCCCCCCCAGCUCCCUCCCCCUCCCCCGCGCGCCUCUAUUCACUCAGACUCAUGUCUCCCCUCUCCCCUCCUCCUUCUCCCUCUUGCCUUUCUCCCCCACUUUUCUCCUGUCUCUUCUUUUGUAUUCUCUCCUCCCUCGCCGCCCCGGUUGCCUCUCGCCUCCUCCGGGCCGCAGGGGAGGGAGGUGAGCGCGCUGCGCCAGGGGCCUGCGCGGCUCAGAGGGAGGCGUUUCUCCUACUUCUCCCGGGUAAUUUGGAGAGGUUGUGUGUGUGCGCGCGCGCGCCUGAGCUCCUGGCGAAAAGGGGUAGGAUUCAGCGCCGAGCAGAGAGGGUCAGGGUCUUUGACGUUCCUCGCCAGCUGCACAAACCUCCCGGAGCAAGUGUGAGUGUGAGUGAGAGUGCGCGCGCGCGCACGGGCUGGCUGCGCUUGGCACGCUUGGUGGCCCGGGGCCCCGGGGCCCGGGGUCCCGUCUGGCGGCUCAGGAUUACCGUGACGUCACAUUGAGCCUCUGGCCACCUUGGACUGGGACACCUCCGGAGCCUCACAGCCCCGCGCCGCGCCGCACCUCACCUCGCCACCACGCGCCUUUGGGAACCAACAUCUUCUUCCUUUCCCUGCCCAUCCAUGGGCCCUUCUGUCUUCCGGACCCCACGGGCCGGAGGGGCGCCUUCCGGAGCGCAGGGCUCGGCAGCCGGGCUGCCCUCGGCUCUGCCUCCACUCGGGCCAACCAGGCGGAGGAACCGGCGCUGGGCACCCGCCACAGUGUAAGGAACUGAGACGCCGCGCUGCUGGGAGCGCCGAACAGUUGGGCUGAGACGGGAACUCGAAAGGGAAGAGAGAGGCGGGCCAGGGACAGCCACCAUGUCCUUCCCGCACUUUGGACACCCGUACAGCGGCGCUUCCCAGUUUCUGGUGUCGGCAAGUUCCAGCACCACAUGCUGCGAAUCUACCCCACGCUCAGUCUCAGAUGUAGCAUCAGGCUCCACCCCAGCGCCCGCUCUCUGCUGUGCACCCUACGAUAGUCGACUGCUGGGCAGUGCACGACCAGAGCUGGGCACCACCUUGGGCAUCUAUGGAGCCCCCUACACGGCCGCUGCAGCUGCCCAGAGCUACCCUGGCUACCUGCCCUAUAGCCCGGAGCCCCCCGCACUGUAUGGGGCACUGAAUCCACAGUAUGAAUUUAAGGAGGCUGCAGGGAGUUUUACACCCAGCCUGGCACAACCAGGAGCCUAUUAUCCCUAUGAGCGGACUCUGGGGCAGUACCAAUAUGAACGGUAUGGCGCAGUGGAAUUGAGUGGUGCUGGUCGCCGAAAGAAUGCCACCCGGGAGACCACCAGCACGCUCAAGGCCUGGCUUAAUGAGCACCGCAAAAACCCCUACCCCACUAAGGGUGAGAAGAUCAUGCUGGCCAUCAUCACCAAGAUGACCCUCACCCAGGUGUCCACCUGGUUUGCCAACGCACGCCGGCGCCUCAAGAAAGAGAACAAAAUGACGUGGGCACCCAAGAACAAAGGUGGGGAGGAGAGGAAGGCAGAGGGAGGAGAGGAGGACUCGCUAGGCUGCCUAAACGCUGACACCAAAGAAGUUACUGCUAGCCAGGAGGCCCGGGGGCUCCGGCUGAGUGACCUAGAAGACCUGGAGGAAGAGGAGGAGGAGGAGGAGGAAGCUGAAGACGAGGAGGUAGUGGCCACAGCUGCAGACAGGCUGACGGAGUUCCGAAAGGGCGUGCAGUCGCUGCCUGGGCCCUGCGCUGCAGCUCGAGAGGGCCGAUUGGAGCGCAGGGAGUGCGGCCUGGCCGCGCCCCGCUUCUGCUUCAGUGAGCCUUCCGGAUCGGAAGAAGCUGACUUCCUCGCGGCGGAGACAGGCGGCCCUAGGUUGACCAUGCACUACCCAUGCGUGGAGAAACCGCGCAUCUGGUCUCUGGCUCACACCGCGACAGCCAGCGCUGUCGAAGGUGCACCCCCAACCCGGCCUAGGCCACGAAGUCCUGAGUGCCAUAUGAUUCCCGGACAGCCUCCUGCCUCUGCCCGGCGACUCUCAGUCCCCAGAGACUCCGCGUGCGACGAGUCUUCCUGCAUAGCCAAAGCCUUUGGAAACCCCAGGUUUGCCCUGCAGGGACUACCGCUGAACUGUGCGCCGUGCCCGCGGAGGAGCGAGCCUGUAGUGCAGUGCCAGUACCCGUCUGGAGCAGAAGCAGGUUAGCGCAACGGCUGCGAUUUGCGAAAGAAUCUUGGAAAUGGGCCCCACGUUUCGAAUUCAUCUCCAGGUUAAGAAGCUGCCAGACCUUGCCAGGGACCAGGAGCUCUCAUUUUGCCUAAGAGACAGACACACAGAAACCCUCCUAGCAGCUGUCCUUGCACGCAGAGCUGGGUUGGUGGGCAGAAUUGUACCUUAGCCGACCCCACGGAGGAGAUGGCAGGGCACCUUGGGGAAGGCCGAGUGGGAGGCUGGGCGAGUCUGCCCCACCCAACGACUCUACCAAGUCUCUUCCUCCUCUGGAUUCAACAAGGCUUCCUCUCCUGCUCACCCCUGUCUCUCACCUCCACCACGCCCCCUCACUUUGUAACUUCAUCGCAGACCCGGCUACCAAGGACCCUGUGCGUCUUCUCCCCCUCCCAACCCCUUGUGUCCUUAAAAAUAAUCAGUCCAAACCCAUG